AUGGACGCCAUCAGAGUUGGAGUUACGUGGUAUGAAGCCAGUCACCUGACGUCACUUGAUGUGACGUCGCCACCUUCCGCAUUGAGAGCUGUCACAUACAAGCCACUCGCAAGACCUCACUAUAUCCCGGAGCAUAACCACAAAGUGUGUCCACGGCUCAGACACCCCAGAUCGUUCCGAUAUCUACCUAGCUCACACGCUUCUCAUCAGGCCAUCGUUCAACUCAUCGCCAUGCCUCCAGUACCAAUCUACGCAUCAAGCCCCAUCACCGCCGCCAAGGCUUCGGGCGUAACACCUCAAACUGCCGGCUCAGACUCCGCCGCAGCCAAGUCUUCAGGCCCAGCGCCGACGCCGACGACACCUCAAGCUUACCCAGCUGCCCAGCCAGGCGCAACACCACGCUUGCCCAAGCAGACCGGUGCUCCCUCGGCCUCGUACCUUCCUCCCACUCAGACACAGAACCCGUCGGCCGGACCUCCCGCCCCUCAGCCCGGAGCCGUGCCUUCCGCGUCCGGCCUCCCCCCGCCGCCCAAGACCGGCGAGGCCUAUCACCCCCCUCAACAGACGCCUGCUCCGCAGGCAACGAUCCCGUACCCGCCCCAAAUGUCCAUCCCGCCACCUACAACCUCUUACGCAGCAAGCUACGGCGCUUCCACUGCCACGACCACGGCACCCGGCUACCCUCAGCCUCCCGGCCCCACGCCCCUGCCCUUCGGCAACGAUAACGACCGCCUCGCUCACCCGCCGGGCUACCAGCAGAACGCUGGCGCCGCAGACUUCAGCAGCAACCAGCGCGCUGCGCACGCGGCGUCGGUGCGCGAGAACGGGCCGCUCGAUGGAUCAGAGGAGGGUGUGUUGAAACGCGGCGAAAAAAAUGGGCUUCCACAGCAGGCGGGAACCUCGCAGCAGCCGAGACGGAGAUUUGGCGCAGGAUCAACAAGAACUGAACUGAUGAUUUAUUCUGUCAGUCUUUGCGGCAAGGGAUCUGUACAACUCCACGUUAUUUGUGAGAAUGGAUAUUUCAAGUAG